AUGGAGAUAGACGAAAGCCUACCGGACCCAAGGGAUCUGUUAAAGCAAAGUCAUCCCAGGAGAUGGGAAAUCUUCGUUUAUGGGGAAUCUAAUAGCUGUGAAGGGGGUGUAGGAAUAGUAUUCACUUCGCCUGCAGGUGAGAGAAUAGUAUUUUGUUUUCGGAUGGAAUACAAAGCCACGAAUAAUAAAACCAAGUUUGAGGCAGUAAUACAGGCUCUGAGAAUUGCAAUAGAAAUGGAAUUGGACGAAAUGCGAAUUACUAGUGACACACAACUAGUAGUUCGUCGGAUUGAAGGAGUGUAUAAUGCAGUCGAUCUAGUGAUGAAGAUAUAUCAGCAGCUCGUGCAAGACUAUUCGACGAAAAUACGAAGUAUCAUAUGGAGAAACAUAAAUAGGGAUAACAAUCGACAUGAAGAUGCAUUAACCUUCAAAGCUUCCAUGAUUGAGAAUCCAAAAAUCUGGCAUAUUGUGAUUCAGUGGUUGAUGCAACCAUCAGUAAGCAGAGAAGAAAAAGAACUUCAGGUAAUGAUGGUAGAAGAAAGGAACACAAUAAUGAGCAAAGAAGACUGGAGAACACCAAUCUACAAAUACUUGACGAAAGGAGACUUGCCACGAGAUAGACAAGAGGCAAAGAAAGUCAAAAGUAAAUCCACGAAUUAUAAGGUGCGAGAAGGGAUCCUUUAUAGGCGAUCAUUUUUGGGCCCAUUGAUGAGGUGCUUAUCGCAGGAGGAAGGGAUUAAAAUUAUGAAGUCAAUUCAUUAUGGAGACGCUGGAAACCACAGCGGAACUAGAUUACUAGCUUACAAGACCCGAACACAUGGUUACUUUUGGUCCUACAUGCAUAAAGAUGCGAAAGACAUUUCUAUAAGGUGUGAGGGGAUAGAUAUCGUGGGACCCUUUGUCACGGGGACUAAGCAAAGAAGGUACUUGAUUGUAGCAACAGACUACUUCACGAAGUGGGUAGAGGCAAAGGCUGUGCAACAUACAAAAGACGGGGAUAUAUACGAUUUUAUCCUUGAGAACAUCAUUUGUAGAUUUGGCAUACCAGUCCUAAUUGUUUCAUACAAUGGAAAGCAGUUCGAAGGGGAAAACGUGAAGAUGUUGUUCAACGCCUUUAAGAUUCAAUCCGGGAAAUCUACUCCAUUAUAUCCCCAGAGUAAUGGGCAGGCAGAGGAUACAAAUAAAACGGUGGCCUCCAUGUUGAAAAAGAAGGGCAUCAUAAAGGAUGGUGUGAGCAGAUCACGAGCGUGUUAUGGUCAUAUAGAACCACAAGGCGAGAAGUAA